CAUUCCUCUCCCCCUCCGUGCUGGUCUCAGUCUUGAGGACUUGCUAGUGAAUCGGGAGAAAUAAACAGACACUGAACAGAGGGGGGAAAAAGGACACAGGGAGUGAUAGCGUGCGAUAAUUUAAGACAUCUCCUCCCUCCCCUACCCCCUCACUAUCUCUCCAUCUUCAUCCCUAGUCUUUUCAUUAAUGGAAAGAAAUUAUCCUGGUACAGGGUUCGGUGAUUUGGGCGCUGGUACGGGAUGGAGUUACGAGAGAUCGGCCAAGGCAAGCCUGGUGUAUGGGAGUUCUAGGUCUUCCCAUCCGGACUCAGAGCUGCUCCAUCGCCAGGCUUAUGGCACCCCCCACCCUCUGCAGGGCUACGCAACCAAUCACCAUCCUGGCAGCUCUGGACAGGGCGGGGCAUGGGGGGCUGGGCGGAGUCUAGGGUUAUCUGGGCUGUUUGAUACUGGGUUACACCAUGCCAGUCCCUCUGGUCCAGACCCAUCUGUCAUGAACCUGAUUUCAGCACUGGAGUCCCAGGGUCGGCAGCCGCCCCCCUCAGCCUCCUCCCUCCUCUCCCAGUUCCGAACACCCUCCUGGCAGACUGCGAUGCACACUCAGCCAGAGCUCUUCAUCGGGUCUGGCUCCUUCCCUUCCUCCUCCCUCUCGGCCUACCAGCACCCAGCCUCCUUCUCUGGGCGGUCCUUCCCUGGCGCCUCGCUCUCCCUCCAGGACUCCCCCACCUUCAGCCCCACGUCCAACGGCCUCCUGUCCCCCCAUGACCCCCUGCUGCACAUCAAGACUCCCUCCCAGUCCAGCCUGGGCUUCGACCGCUUACUCUCCUCACAGGGUGCCGCCUACCGUGGGUCGCAGGACCCCACAGGGCCGCCGCAAACAACCUCCUCUUCGUCAGGCCGCCACCUACCCCCUCCCCAGUUUAACCUGCUGUCCUCCCAGCUCCAGGACCAGUCCUCCCAGUUGUACAACGCCUCUGUGUUCUCAUCGGCACCCGCCCCGCCGCCGCCCCAGCCAUCCCAGGAGAGGGCCAUCCCCCGGCAGGACAGCGUGAUCAAGCACUACCAGCGCUCCUCUCCGGCUCAGUCGCAGCUCUCCUCCUCAGCCCCCCACCCCCUGCAGCAAUACCUUAGCUGUGGGGCAUCGGGUUACCAGCAGAUCUCCCACCACCGGCAUGGAGGGGUGUCCUGCAGCCCGCUGGGGGAGCAGAGCCCUUCAGCAGACCCCAAACCCUCCCCCCGGUCAGAUCAAGUGUACCGCCCCAUCAUCCAGACCCCGUAUACCUCCUCAGCUGCCUCCUCGUCAGGUGGAGGUCUAGGGAAGGGGGCUAAGAACUCCAGCUCCAGUAGCGGCUACUCUUCCUCGGGCUCCUCGUCAUCCCGAACCCCCCACACCCCGCCCUCAGCCUCCUCCACCUCCUCGUCCUCCUCAAACUCCAACCCUAACCCUUCCUCCAGCUCCUCGUCGGCCCCCUCCAGACAGCAGCCCCCAACUCAGUCUGCGCCCCCUCCCCCACCUCCCCCUCCAGUCUCCUCCGCCCCGGCCCAGCAGCCUCCUCCUAAACCCUGCCUGUCAGCAUACGGCUCCCCUGUGGCCCCCGUCAAGCCCACCGCAGGCCUCCCUGGACAGACACCUCCCCAGCAGCAGUCCCAGUCCUACUCCCCCAGCCAGCCCCCUCCCUCACACCUUCCCUCCCACCAGCCCUAUGGGGGCUUCAACUCCCCCCAGGCCCAGGAUCUGACCUCUGGUCCUGGGGGUUCUGGGAAAGGGUAUGGAGGACUAGGGCCAGGAGGCCGCUCCUUCUCUGCCGAGGUGGUCUACGGGACGGACUCAGGAUACGGCUCGCUGCCUACCUCCCUUGGGGGAGCGGGCAGUCCCUCGUUGGGGUACGGUGGCCCAAGGCACUCCCCUGCCCUCCUGGGAUCUGGAGGGGGUGGAGGGUCAGCCGGCAGCGGGGCAGGGUCUGGGGCUGGUGGAGGUGGAGGUGGAUCAGGAGGUGGGGGCGCAGGAUCAGGUGGUAGCAGCUCAUACCACCUCCCUGACUCCAGCCCUUCUCCCUCCAGCAACUCUGGCAUCAUUCGACCUGGGCUGCACUCUCCUGCUCCCAGCCGCCCUGCCCAGUCCCCCGGGGGAGCCGGGGGGAACAAAUACCUCUCCUCCGUCCUCUCCCCUGCCUUCCUCUCCUCUCCGCAGGGCUACCCCGACACCCGAGGCCCCCAGCCUCAGUCCUACCACCCCACCACCCCCAAGCCCAAGCCAGACACCGACAUGCUGGGAGUGGAGCGCUCUCAAGACGAGGAGGAUGACGAUGACUUCCUGAUCCAGCACUUGCUGCAUGCCCAGAGCCCUGCGCCCCACCCGUCCCAGCACCACUCCCAGCAGCAGCCGCCCCAGUCCAUCCCUCAAGCCAGGGAUGCGGGCAAAGGUCUGGCCUACGACCUGAAUAAGGCCUCUGAGGAGCGCUACCACCUCCAGAGCGUCAUCCGCACCAACAGCGCCACCAACAGCACGGGCCCCGGUACUGCAGGUAACGUCAGCGGAGGUGGCCUGGAGAGCCAGUUGGAGAUGUCUCUGAAGAAACAGCAGCAGCAGCAGGCCAAGAACGAACGAGGGCUGUCUGGAGCAGGGGCCAGUGGAGGAAGAGGGGGGGCAGACUCCCUCUCCCACGCCAACCCUCACGUCCCCUAUCCGCACCAACACGACACCCUCGGCUCAGUGGUGCACUACGGCAGGGGCGACCCUUACGCCCAACACCCUCACUCCCAGCAUCCCCACCAUCCCUCGCAGGCCCCCUCACACACCCAGCACUCCCAACACGCCCACCCCCACUCCCACGGCCACCCUCAUAUGGAGCUCAAAAAGCCUCCCGACCCGUCCGAGCUGCCAUACCUGCGGAAGACACCCGAACUGCAGCAGCAGCCCCGACAGUCCCAGUCCUCCCUUUCCCUCAUGGACUCCCCCCCAAACCAGCCCCAGCAGCCUCCCUCUGCCCACAUGCUCCAGUCUGUACUGUCCCACACUACCUGCAACAAGAUGGACACCCAGCAAGCUGCUUCUCAGCAGCAGCAGCACUCCAUGAGUCAGCAGGCCAUGAUGGGGGCAGGUGGAGAGGCAGAGCCUGGGGGACAAGCGAGGGUGGAUCCCCAGCCCCAUUCUCAAUCCCAGCUGCAGCUCCAACUCCAGUCCCAGGCUAUGGAGGCCCACUACGGCCAGAACCAAGCCAGCCAGAACUCGGUAUCUCCGCUGGACAUGCUGGAGCACACCCUGUCUCGGGCCAACAGCAGAGACAGUGGAGGGGCCGUGGAGAGAAGUGGGGUGGGGGGAGGAGAUGGGGGCAGUAGUGACGGACACAGACAACAACAGCAGCAGCACAGGCUGCCAUCUCAUCACCACUCCCAACAAACUGCCUCCAAGCUUCACGACUUCCUCUCCGAGCCAGAUCUGGGCAUAACCACACCCUCCCACCUGCACCACCUCAACCCACACCACCCGCACGUCCAUCACCAACAGCAGACCCACCCGCACCACCCCCUCCCGCACACCCAUGCCCACCCCCACUCCCACCACCUGGCGACCAACGCAGGGCCCCAGCAGCAGCCUCCGCCCCAUCAGAGGGACCAGGAGCCCCAGCUCUGCCAAUCCCAGUUGGACCAGCUCAAAGAGCACCAGUUUGACACGGUGAGCCCCGUGGGGAAAGCGGGCCAGAACCAAGGCCAGCAGCAGCAGCAAAGGUUUGUGCCUCUGACCUCCAUCUGUUUCCCAGACUCCCUCUUACAGGAUGAGGAUCGCUCCUUCUUCCCCGGUAUGGAGGAUAUGUUCUGCUCUGACGACUACUCCAAGUCAAGCUGCGCCGGGGGUCCCGGGGCAGGCCAAGGGGUGCAAGAAGGUAUGUCUGAGGCACGUGGACAGGGACCAGACAGCAUGGAGGACGUCAAGACCAGUGAUGGAGGAGGUGGCUAUGACAUGAUGGGUCACCAUGGCGACCAUGGGUAUGGGUAUUGCCACGGCCUCACGGAAACAGAAAACAGCACCAUGCAUCUGGACCUGGACUCCCUGAAAACCCACGAGCUCCCCUCCACUGUGAACACAGAGCAGCUCGGCCUCAUCCAGUCCCAGACCCCGGGCCUUGGCUUGGGGGGUCCAGGGGGAGUUCCUGGGGACGGCUCCGCCAACAAGAUGAUUGGGGGUACGGGCGUGGGCGGAGGUUCCAGUCUGGCCGGGCUGACGUCGCCCAUCUUCUGCUCCUCCCGACCCAAGAAGCUGCUGAAGACCAGCUCCUUCCACCUGCUGAAGCAGCGCCGCGACCCGCAGCUGCAGGCCAAGAAGAACUACGCCCAGGAGUACGAGUUCGAGGACGACGAGGACAAGGCUGAUGUUCCCGCUGACAUCCGCCUGAACAGCCGGCGGCUCCCUGACCUCCUCCCCGACCUGGUGUCCAGCUGCAGGAAGGCGGGAGGAGGAGGGGCCUCUGGGGUGGGCUCCCUCAGCCCUCUGAUGGGCGACCUGGACUUCUGCCACCCGUCCGGCUACCCCUCCCUUGGCCCCCCUCCUCAGCUCCUACCCCACGACGGGCCCAAGAAGAGGGGCAGGAAACCGACCAAACCCAAACGCGAGGGGCCGCCUCGGCCCAGAGGGCGCCCUCGCAUUCGCCCGCUCCCGGAGCCGCCCUACUGUAGGGGACUGAUGGGAAAUGUAGGCGGGGAGACCCGCAGGGGUCGUGGGCGGGGUAGGGGGCGUGGCAGGAAGGAGGAAGGGAUGAUAGAGCUGCACCGAGACAAAGUACCCGACCUCCAAUAUCAACAACAACAACAGCAGUUCCACCAACAACAGCACUUUCAACAACAGCAGCACCAACACCAUCACCUCAAACAGCAGCAGAAUCUACAGCCUCAACAUCAACAGCAGCAACAGCAGCAGCACCUACAACAUCUUCAUCAACAACAACAACAACAACCACAGCACCAGAAACCUUUCAAGCCUAUCAAGAUCAAGCUGCCUAUCCCCUCUAUGUCUCCCUCGGACUCCUUGCUGAGGACAGACUCCCUGUCCAGCACCGACCCGGUUCUCUCUGACGGGUCAGUGGGCUCGGCCCCCUCCCUGGGCCUGAGUCCUGGACCCACCGCUGGGAUGGACAUGAACAUGACCAGGAGCCAGGAGAAGAUGAAGCAGAAAGCUCAAGCCCAGGAGAUGACGUGGGAGAGGGACAUGGAUGAGCAGCUCACCCCAGAGGCCUGGGCUGUCAUGAAGAAGCUCUCCAACACGACGGAGGACAAGCCCCCGGAGCUGAAGUCUAAUUUCAUGGCCUCCUUCCUGGACUUCCUCAAGACGGGGAAGAAGCAGCCUGAAUCUGGACCUGGUGGACCACAAGACCUCGGAGGGCCGGUGGAAGGAGCUGAAACCACAGACUCUUCCUCCCUGAAGGGUAGGAUCCUGCCCCUGUCCCCACCUCCCCCUCCACCGCCCCCUCCUCCACCCCCUCCGUUUGGGGACAGUAGCGAGGGCGAGGAUGGGCUGAGCCCCUGCAAGCGUCUGGAGGACGAGCUGAAGAGGAACCUGGAGACGCUGCCGUCCUUCUCCUCCGACGAGGAGGAGGACUCUGUCAGUAAGAACCAGGACCUGCAGAAGAGCAUCUCCUCGGCAAUAUCUGCCCUUUACGACACGCCCCAUUCGCUGGCUGCAGCCGUGGCCCCACCCCCACCCAGCCCAUCUCCACCCCAGAGCCCAUCGCUGCCACCAACGCCGCCACUCGUGGCCGAAACGCAGGAGGACUUGGCCGAUCUGGAGGAGCAGGACGAUGCCGUGGCGACACACAUGCAACUUCACAACACGCAGGCCAACGCACAGCCAAAUACACCGUCCCCAGAACAGGUUGGACUGAAUGGAAUGGACGGAGAGGACGAACAACAAGUGGAGAUGGAGGAAGAGGAGGAGAUGGAGAAGGAGGAGAGGGUAAAGGAAGAUGAGAAUGUAGAGCGCGGGGGUGUGGAGGAAGAGGUAGAGGAGAGGGAAGAGGAGGAGGAAGGGGAGGAGAGAGAGCCUGAGUUUGAGAUGCUGGAUGCUCCUAAAGUGGAAGAUUCUCCAUCCGGGCCGCCCCUCGCCCCCGCACCCCCCUCUCCCCCAUCCCUCUCCCCGUCCCCUCUCACUUCUUCCUCCCCGUCCCCCCUACCUCCCCCACCCCUCUCCCCACCCUCCCCUCUGCCCUUCCAGCAUGUGGAUGAUGAAGAGGAGCAACAGCAGCCGUCCCCCCACCACAACCCCUCCGCCUCUCCUCCCCCCAGCUCCUCUCCCCCGAAUCUUCCCUCUCCACCCUCCCCUUCCCCUGCAAUGCCCCCCUCCACUACCCCCCCUCCCUCCUCCUCCUCCCCUCCCCUUUCGGAUGCUCCAGAGCUGGCCCAGCCUUCCUCCUCGCCCUCCUCUUCCCCACCCUCACCCCCGACCCCUGAGGAUGCGCCAGCCCCCAAGAUCACCUCUCUGCACCUGGCCAAAAAGCAGGACAAUGCGGCCAUCGCUGGAGAGAGCGAGGAGGAGGACAGCGAGAGUGGCGGCGAGGGCAUCUUCCGGGAGAGGGACGAGUUUGUGGUGCGGACUGAGGACAUUGGAACGCUUAAGAUGGCCCUGCAGACCGGCCGUGAGCCACCGCCCAUCUGGAGAGUGCAGAAAGCCCUGCUGCAGAAGUUCAGCCCCGAGAUCAAAGACGGACAGAGGCAGUUCUGUGCCACCAGCAACUAUCUGGGCUACUUUGGCGAUGCCAAGAUGCGGUACCAACGUCUCUAUGUCAAGUUCCUGGAGAAUUUCAAUAAAAAGGAUUAUGUCCGUGUGUGCUCACGGAAACCCUGGCACAGACCUGGACUCAUGUUGAGGCGUCAAUCACUCCCAUCGCUCCCCAAGCCACCUCCCCCUGCCCUCAGUCAAACUCCACCCCGAUUGGAGCGCGAUGAGAGGGAGCGGAAGGAGAAAGAGAAGGAGCAGAAAGAGAGGGAGCAGAAGGAGCAAAAAGAGAGGAAAGAGCAGAAAGAGAGGGAGAGGAGGGAAAAAGAAAAGGAGCGAGAGAGGGAAAAGGAGAGACAGCGAGAGAAGGAGAAGAAGGAGAGAGAAGAAAAAGAGAAGAGGCCACCUCAGGAGAAGGUGGAGAGAAGGAGCAGUGAAGAGGACCGAAAGAGAGUGAGGGAGGAGAAGUGGGGAGGAGGAGAGAAGAAGACAGAGCGCCCGUCGAGGGCGAGGCCCGUGAAGGCAGAGCCUCCACCCAAGAAGAGGAAGAAGUGGCUGAAGGAAGUCCCCUCUGACUCAGACUCCUCCCCCGAUGGGCCCAGUGAGGACCAAGCCCCAGUGAGAGGGGGGGUGAACAGUCGAGCCAUGAGGGAGAUGUUCAGGAGUUACAUAGAGAUGCUGGUCAGUACGGCACUUGACCCCGACAUGAUUCAAGCCCUGGAGGACACAGACGACGAGUUGUACCUCCCACCCAUGAGGAAGAUUGACAGCCUCCUCAACGAACAAAAGAGGAGACUGUUAAGGAGAGUCAACAUGAGUGGCCAACACCAGGAGACUCUGCAUAUGUUCCCCAAAAUGACGGCGGACCCCCUGGACUCUGGAGCGGUCAAAGUGCACCUCGGCGGUGAGUGCUACAACCGUAAAACCCUCAACCGCGUCAAGAAGAGCACCACGCCCAAACAGCAGGACCUCAAGCUGUCCACAGAGACGUGUCGUGUCUAUCGCCUGUAUCAUUCCCUCCACCACUACAAGUAUCACACCUUCCUGAACUGCAAGAAGGAGACGGACAGUAUAGAGCAGGCAGCGGAGGACCCUGGGCAGGAGGAGGUGGUGCAGCAGUGUAUGGCCAACCAGGACUGGCUGGAGACCCUCUUCAACUCCUUUAUCGACCUGCUGACCCUCAGCACCAAAGCCUGAUGAGGGAGGAGGGGGCCACAUCCAAAAUAUUACCCUAUUCCCUACAUAGAGCACUACAAUUCCCCAGGGCCUAUAUGGAGAAUAGGGUGUCAUUUGGAAAGCAGAAUGUGGGUUGGAGAAGGGAAGGGAGGGAGGAGGUAUACAGUAUUUGGGAGACAAAGCAAGAGAGUUGGAGUGGAGAACACUGGACUGUACCAAGAUGGAGAGAGAGGGGGGUUUCAGAUCCUACCACUCUAGUUCUUGCCCAGCGAGAAAGAGAGAACAGGCAAUGUUCGGUCUGUGAGUACGGUUGAGUUUUAACUUAAAAUGGAUGCUACAAUGAACUGUUUUUAGCGCUUUUGUUGACUUUUUCUCUCACAAAGUAUCUCUUGACUAAAGAAAAGAGAAGGACUGAGGAGUGCGGAGGAGGCGGAGUGAAAAUAGUGAAUGUGUGAAAGGGUACGACGUCUGCCACUUGACCUGAACAGGGAAAGCAGGGGACCACCGUGAAUCGUCAGCACUACAGGAAAGAUUGCGAUCUACAUCCAAACAUGCACGGGCACACACACCAACAUACAAACACUAUAUAUAUAUAUACGUAUAUGUAUUAAUAAUUAUGAUUUGUAUUAUUUAUACAAGGAAAUUACCCUCCCUAGCUGGGAUUGUUUGCUGUUGUUAUUUUAAAUAAUGUUUUAUUAGGGUAUACAUGAAAUGGCCUACCCAAAAUCCUUUGCUCAGUCCCCCUGUACUGCUGAAGGAAACAACGAGUGGAGGAGGGGAAAGGGAUGGUUAGUGGAGUGUGUGAUGUUCCCUUUUUUCUGUCUGCUUAAAUAAAUUGUGAGGGGGAAAAAUGUAUUUAAAAACUAAGCAAAUUGUGUUCUUUAUGUUUGUUCUUCAAAAGACAAUGAGAGCAGAGUUUACACCUGAAGUUAAUAAAUUAAAAUAAAUAUCUGUUCGCUUUCUAAAAGAAAGCACUGUGGUUUUAGGGAGGUGUAACGGUUAAAAAGCGUAUAAAAUCUGUGUUGACUGUUUUUAUUUGAUCUUUGUUGUUUAUGAUAAUUAUUAUUUUGGAGGUUUACCUAUUUGUUCAAGCUCUUUUUUCUCUGUAAAUAUUGUACAGUUACUUCAGUCUCUAAAGCCCAGUUCCUCUUCUGUACAUGAUAUUCCUGUAUUUGACAAAAGCAAAUAAAAAUUUGAAAAUGACGGGGAAAAACAA